GCAGUUCCUCUCGACGAGACUCCAUCCAGCGAGGUACCAAAUCGGUAAAUGGAACCAAAAGGCCCCGAAGGUCUGAGAGAGACGCCAUCGCAAUCUCGAGACUGCGCAGGGACGACGAGCGUGCUUAGGAACUGAACUUCGCCGUAGUUCAAUUGCACAUUUCAGCGCAGCAGACGUUUUUAUCCCUCCUCCUCCUGCUCAAGGGCGUGAAAUCUUGGUGAGUCGUCGUCGUCGAGGUGCUAGAAUCUGAUAAGUUGAGGAAGUAGAGCUUGGUGAAUUCCAGGCGGAAGGUCGGUUUGAGUAAUUGGAGAGACCGGGCGUGGACAAGGAGAUUGUCGUUGUACUGCAGAGGCUUUUGUUUGACGUUGAAGAAAUUGAGCUCUAAGAGAGCUCGCUCGGUGAAGCCAUGGCGCAGGUCGUUGCUGUGGGGUCGAGCUUCUUGAUUGCAGCUGGCUGUCAGAUGCACGCGGCCGCCAGCCUGCAAAAAAACACGCCUUUCCGGAAGGCACAGAGUCUUGCAAUAGCGACACGGAAAGGCGCUCCAAAUACCUCACAUUGGGACCACAGGACGAGAAUCCUGACAAGAAUCACCGCAUCUGGGAACGAAGAUCAAGAAGAAAACGUUAAAGAGAACGUGACCAGAAGAAGCACUCUCCAACAAUUAGAUGAACAGCUCACGACGCUGUCUGAAAGGGACGAUGCACCUGCUUCCCGUCCGUCCUUAGGUCCAUCAACGCAGCAGGUAAGGCCAGUGAAGAGAAAACCCGGGGAAGAAGGCGAUGGCGCCCUGGAGUGGCCCGAAUUCUCACCUGGAUUUCUGGGAUUCUUGGGCCUCGCACUCUUGGUGCUUACAGUCUUCAAUAACCUCCUCUACAGAACGUUCCUCGGGCCCCCGGUGGUACCUUUUCGGACGGGAGACCCGGUUCUGAGUUCGGCAGGUGAAGGACGCCGGUAUAGAAUUUCAAGUCUCUCUGAGGCAAGGGAUGCGAAGGAAGCUGAAGAGGCAGCGGCUAAGCUAGCAGCAGGGCUCCAGGCUCCCUCAUUAAGUUCCGACUAGGAGACUUGAGGCUCUUAGCUCUUGGACCUUCUUCUACGACUCCAACAGUAGAUUUGUUGGUAGGAUUGUUUAUAUUGAGGUUGUGUUGAAACCGGUCAGACUGCAGAAGAGUUCAUGUUCUCAAUCCAACGACAAGAUUAAUCAAGGAUGAAGCUUUGGCCAAGUCUGACCACCAUUA